GUAAAAAAGUAUAGCGAACAGUGUUUACUUCCUGGCAGGCACAUUUAGCAAGAAGGGUUUCAAAAAAGCUUUAAAUUGAAAUAAAUUGAUAAUAAAAUACUAGCGACAGUGCAUUCCCAACAUGUCAAAAAUACAAUUGCUCAAUGUGUUUCUGCGUGAGCGAUUGAUCGCGGCUGCUGUAGAGAUAUUUGGAGUAGUUGAAAAUACGAUAGUAGAGUAUCAAGAAGAAGUAUCCCGUUCGAAGGAGGAGAACAAACGGUUACAGAACAUGUUGGAUUUGGUCAUGAAACCACAAAUAAAGUUACAUAGAGCAGAACCUAGGCAUCAUGUCUCAGAAGAGGAAAUUAAGGGCCUCAGUCUGCAGGAAGAAAGUUCAGAGCCCGCACAAAGUACAGUGGAACAGGACUUCAGGACGAGACUGGUAGAAGAGCAACUGCAAGGGCCUGAGUCUCAUAGUCAUAACAUAGAGUUUGUAUUCACUCCUCCUUGUGUGAAAAGUGGGUUUGACCAGGACCCUUGGCCCUCGCACCUUUUUAAAACCCAAAUUGUGGAGGACAAUGAGAUUAAUAAUCUGUCGAGUACCCUAGUGGAACACAUGAAAACAGAACCUGAUGGAGAGGGCUACGGAGUACCAACGAGUGACCCACAGUUCCUGUUUGCCGUAAACGCACACUGUUCUGCAGCUCCGAGUGAAAACAUGAGCCCCCUGCAACGGAAAACAAAGAGAGGACGACCAUUUAGGCAUAUAGGAACACUGUCUGAAUUUAUGAAGAGACGCGCUUCCUACGAGCGAUUUCGAUGCCAUGUCUGUGGAAAGGGGUUCCCAGCCAGGAAGGGUCUGGGAGACCACAUGACGACUCAUACAGGGGAGAGACCACACAGCUGUCACCUUUGUGGGAAAGGUUUCAAAGUGAAGAGUCAUCUGAACGAGCAUAUCAGAGUUCACACAGGAGAGAAACCGUUUGUCUGCCCAGUCUGCGGGAAAGCGUUCAGGCAGGACGCUCAUAUGAAAGGACAUUUGAGGAGGACUCACAAGGAGAACCCAUACCGAUGCCAUGACUGUGGCGAAAGCUUCAGUCAGAUGGGAGAGCUGCAAGUGCAUAGGACAGUGGCCUGUGGUCCGAUUGUCCUGGGCCUUUGACGUUACUGUCCUUUCCCUGAUGCCUUUGGUGACACAGACGUUUUAGUCUGGCAGUCAUGAUAAGGACAAUUGAAAUGUGUUAUUGAAGGAAAAAAGGAAGCAUAAUCUGUCCACAGAGUAAGAAAAGUUUGAGGGCGAAGCUCCGAUCUUAGCCAAAAUCCAUAAAUGGGAGGGCAUUUCUAGAAAGCAUGUAGCCUAUGUGGUUGGUUGUCUGUACAGUACUGUGGAAAAGUAUUUGCCCCAUUUCCAAUUUUCUCUACUUCUACAUAUUUUGGAUACUGAAUGUUAUCAGAUCUUCAACCAAAAUCUGAUAUUAGAUGACAGGAACCUGAGUGAACAAUUUUAUAUAUAUACAUAUAUAUAUA